UCAGUUGGUAGAUGUGUGGCGAACGUUGAAUUUAACGGUCGGUUUGGCAGUGAAAGUGGCAUGUUUACUCACUAAGUUAUCAAAAGAAAACUUGACUAGUGUUUUUAAAAAUAUCUAUUAAAUACAAGUGAAUCUAUUGUAUUGCUAAUAUUUUUGUUAAUUGUAACAAGAAGGUAGUUGUGUUACUACGAAUAACUAGAACGAAGGAUACUUAAAACUCACAUUGUAAUAACAACUGCACUUCAAAUUACUGUGUUUAUACUUACACUUGCAGUAUAUUUUUGUCGUCAACAACUGGAUGUGCACAGAUUAAUAGGAGGCUAUUAACCGAAAACCACAACAAAACGAUUCUGUGCCACAUAAAACUAUUUUCAAUGGAUUACAGCAAUGGUAGUGGACGCAUCACUAGUCAAGAAUACUUGUGCUCAACCCGGAAAUUUAUACGCAUGUACUCUGUAUACUUGUAUUGAAAUCAAAAUCUCGAAAAGUAUUUAAUACUGCAAUGUUCUUGAAAAACUAAAUCUAAAGUGCAUAAGAAUAAGUUGUUCAACAGUCACACAAGACAUUAAUAUCGUAUUCCCCAACCACAAAUUGGAAACAGUCUCUAUGCUCUGGUCGGUAAACGGCGGUGUGAAGUUGAAGUGUUUAUUGAAUGUGCCACAAAUGUUGUCUAAACGCGAAUGAACAAUAUUGCCAGACCCCUCGAUUAUGCUGGCUCGACAACUGGCCACCAAGUCGUCAACUACGGAGCAUAAAAUGAUGCCGCGAAUAACUUAUACAACCAUACGACAUGGAUUUCUGCAGUCAAGAAGGCGAUGCACAAACGGGUGGGCUGCUCAGGCCAUAGGUUGUUGGAUCUCGCUGGGAUUUGUUCUGAUGUUCAUUCUGUCGACUGCGGAUAUUAUUGAGUGUUCGCUACGGAAUGUCAAUUUAAUUAUUGAACCACCAGCGGUUCGACGUGGCCAGCACGUUAUCCUGCGCUGUAUGUACGAUCUAGAGGGUGCUCCGCUUUACUCAGCCAAAUUCUAUCGUGGUCAACUGGAGUUUUACCGUUAUACACCUGGCGAGUUUCCCAAUACCAAAGUAUUUCCGUUUCCUGGUAUACACGUUGAUGUUACCAGUUCCAAUGCCACCCAAGUUCUUAUUCGCAAUGUGGGCUUCGGACUGUCUGGAAACUUUUCAUGUGAAGUUACUGCCGAUGCUCCACUUUUUUCUACAGCUACUGCCUUAGGUACUAUGCAAGUUGUGGAGCUCCCUGACAAACGACCUCAGUUAUAUACUGAGUAUACCAGGUACGAACCAGGCGAUGUACUACGUGCUAACUGCAGUACACCCCCCUCGCGUCCACGUGCUGAACUUACAUUUACAAUCAACAAUAUGGUGAUCUCAAGCUCGGAGUCUCAGUUUAUUCGAACAAUUGAUAAUCUAAUUGCAUCACGCAUUUCCCUGAAGUUGCAGUUGCAGGGUGUACACUUUUCCAGUGCAAACUCAGGCGUUUAUAGUGGUCGAUAUGGCUUGAACUCGAUAUAUAGCCAAGACACUCCCAUGUAUGUACCUAAUCCAGGUGGCCUGAUACUACGUUGCACAGCACAAAUUGCCGAUUUAUAUCAGGAAUAUAAGGAUAUUGAAUUGGGUACACCGCAAAGAGAUCCUGUUCCCGCACGUGUUACGCAUUCUUCCGGUUCAAGCAUGAAAAACUUCAUUAGCUCCUAUUUCACAACUUCGGCUGCUCAGCGUUGUCAUAAUGAUGCAUUGUUGACAUUUUUGAUUUUAGCAAUAGCUACGUACCUUAUGAGUGGUUCCAUAAAUAAAGAUAUAACAAAUUCGAUUUGUUCUUCAUCCCUGAUCUACAGAGAUUCGGGUCACAUACUCGUACCUCGAAAUUGCGGCUGAUGUGAAUGCCUGGCUUGUUUGUGGAAUUUUCACUUUAAGCCAUUGCUACAGAAAUCAGGAAAAUCUCUAUGUGAGCAAAGCGAAAUAGUUUAGUUAUUUAGUGAAUACAAUUAAGAAGACUUAUCGAAAUAAAUGAAGCCAGUUUUAGUUUGACUUUAUUAGAAUUUGGAAUAUUUUUUGUUUGUUUAUUGAAAAUGGUUUUUGAAAAGACGUUUUUAAUGUGGUGUGUAAGCUAAUGAGUUUAAAACUUAAGUAUUUUUAAGAACAUAUUUCAAUUUAACAUAGGAAAAUGAAGGAAUUCAAGGCAUUCAUUUAAAUAGUUUAUGUUAGACACGCUAAAUAAUGAAGAAAAAUGUAAUAAAGUAAUAAAUAGACGACAAGAAAUGUAAAAUAUAUUAAAAUAAAAUAAUAAUUGAUUAGAAUCGAAGUAAAAAUGUGAAAUAUUCGCCUAGUAAUGUCGUUUGUGAAUGUCAGUCAAAUUGAAUAAAAUAAUAAAAGAAAA